UAAACUACUAUCAGUCACGUGAAAAGGAACUAAAUAUAAACAACCAGGACAUACACGUUUAUUGUUAAAAUAUUUUCUAGUUUACACAAUUUCAUACUGGAAUCUCUUCUUCGAUAUGGCUGUUCCAGGAAGAAUAGUUCAAAAGGAAGGUUCAUCGUCGACAAACUUUCAGAGUUCUGAUACAAAAGUUAAAAUUUACUGUCAGCCCUGUGACCUAGAUGGUCAAAGACUUUCUGCCAAUGGCUACUGCACAGACUGCAACGAACACCUGUGUGAGUCUUGUUUUAAACAUCACAAGAAACAUAAACUUUCUAGGCAUCAUAUACUUCUAGAUAAGGACAACAUGCCAACUUACCACACCAUGUCCUAAACACAAGAAGGAAAUGAUUAAGUUCUACUGUCAUGACCACAAAGCACUUCUCUGCAGUGUAUGUGUUACUCUUCAACACACAAGUACCUCUUGCAAAGUCAACUACAUACCUGAUAUUUCUUGCCAGAUCAUAAAUAGCAAAGAACACCAAGAUAUAUUGAAAGCAAUGAAUACUAUAACGGAACAAUGUCGUACGAAAUUAGAAGAGAUGAAGAAAAUGACUUCAAAAUCCAACAUUUCUUUGAUAGAUGUUUUAGCAGGCAUCAAAAAGUUUCGGAAAGAAAUAAGCCAAAGGCUAGAUGAACUAGAAAGAAAAGCCGAAGAUGCAGCAAAUGCCAUCCAGCAAGAAAACAACAAGAAUCUCGACAAAGUAGAGGCAGCAUGUGAUGAUAAAACUAAAUCUCUAAAGAAAGCAUCUGAUUCCAUUAAACAUCUUUAUACAUCAAAUCAAGCAGACAGGCUGUUUUUGGAAUUGAAAUUAGCUGAGAAAAUGAUCAAAGCUUAUGAGAAAAGUAUUCACAGCCUAAAUACAUAUGAUUUAAGAGAGUUCAGCUUCCAGCCAAAUAUUGCGAUAUUGCUCAGUCUUAAAUCAGAGAAGUCACUUGGCACAUUAACACAUAAAUCAUUGAAUAUGCAAUCUAGACAAGCUUUACACAAAGGAAAUAUUUGUGUUAAGACACCAAAAGAGGAAUGCGUUUGUGCAAUUACUGGAAUGAUUCUUCUUACUACCGACCAGCUUAUCAUUUGUGAUGCUUAUAACCAUUCCUUGAAAUUAGUUGAUACCUCCAACUACUGUAUCACAGGCUAUUUGAAACUAGAUUGUACUCCUUUGGAUGUCACUGCAGUUACUAAAACUGAAGUAGCUGUCUUAUCUGCAUCACGCAUUCAGUUUGUAUCAGUAUCCUCAAACAGUUUCAAAAAGAAACACACCUUGAAAACUGGUGGAAAUGGCCUUAGUUGUUACCAGGGAAGAUUAGUAGUAGUAGUUGCACGUGGAAAUUCUUGGGGACUCGAAAUCCUUGAUAUCAAUGACACUAUAUCAACAACAGUAAGAGUGAUAAAAACUAAUAGCCCUUCAAUCUGCUUUGUUACAGCCUGCUACAGUGGUAUAUAUGUAUCUUGCUGUUCAAAGAAAACUGUUGCAAAGUUAAACUGGAACGGUGAAGUGAUUGACAGCUUUGGUGAUAUGGACAACCCUUCAAGAAUUACUCAAUCCGAUGACGGCACAAUCUUUGUGAAAGACGGGGACGUUUUACGAAGAAUAUCUGGCGAUUGUUUGAAAGAAAAUGUUGUCCUUCAAAAUUCAGAAAAUUUCGAGGGUUUUUGCUGUGAUUCCGCCAAAAAUACACUUUACACCAGCACUAUAUUUGGAGAUGAAAAAGUUGACAAUUAUCUACAAAUCUAUAGAAUUGUUUAAAUCAUUUUAAAAACUUUCGUAACUGAUUCUUUGCUGCUGCUGCUACUGCUGUUGCUGCUGCACUGCCAGACUAACAGUUUAAAUGUCGCAGUGCAUAAAAUAGAACUGAAGUUUGUACGAACUUGAGUCAAGAGAUGUAUAUUUAAGAAUUAUUACGUGAGUAGUUCCUUUGAAACUUUUAAGAUACAUUUGUAUAAUAAUAACUUAAAAUAUAAAAUAUCUAUGUACUUUACAUAUUUGGUAUCAAUAUUCACUUAGUCCUUUUAUAUUUCUACUAACAAAAGACAUUUCUGUAGUCUACGAUCACUAUUAAAGACCUGUGUUAACUUUGCUA